CGCAGCCCUUGCAGGGAUUCUAGACAUCGGAGGGAACAGUCUCCGGAGCUCCUUCCGGGCCACCCAUGUCGGUGGUGAAGUCUAUCGAGCUGGUGAUUCCGAAGGAUGUGUACGUAGCCGGCUCAGUGGUGGAAGGGCAGCUGGUUCUCAGCCUCCACAGCACCCUGGUGGACCCCCUGGUGAAAGUCGAGCUGAUCGGAAGGGGCUACCUUGAGUGGAUCGAAGAGACCGACGUCGAGAAGGACUACAGCCAGCCCGGGACCUGCGUCAACAAGGCAGAUUACGUCCACAAGACAAAAACUUUCAAGAUAGAGCGUGAGGAAAGAGGGUUGUCUGUUGCUGCUUAAACCUUUUAUUUGUGCACAAAAAAUGGGGAGACAGAUCUUAAUAGUAAAAAAAAAGUUGGGACCGUACUGUUUACAAUUAAAAUGCUGGCUAUUCUUACCUCAGUUACAGGUUUAAAGGGUUCUACAAUGUUUUAUUUGUCUGAUGGACACUGUCAAUUAUGGGUCAGAUCUACUAUAUAAUAUUCUAGGCAGGGCACCAAACUGUAAGGGUUAUAUUCAUAGAGAAUCAUAUUCUUUUAACAUGUAAUUGAAAAAUGUGCAUGACAUCCUCUUGCAUUCCUGUGAAAAGAAUAUGAUUCUCUAUGAAUAUAACCCUUACAGUUUGGUGCCCUGCCUAGAAUAUUAUAUAGUAGAUCUGACCCAUAAUUGACAGUGUCCAUCAGACAAAUAAAAUUUUAAUUGUAAACAGUAUGGUCUCAACUUUAAAAAAACAUUUUUAUUUAACAGGAGCAGUUAAGGGAUGGGGGGGCAAGGGGUGUGAAAAGAGAGCCAGUGAUGGUGUAUUGGUUGCACUUAGGAGACCUGUGUUCAAAUCAGCCACAACGCCCUGGGCCAGCCGCUGCCUCUCAGCCUGACCUACCUCACAGGGUUGUUGUGGGGGGUUAAAUGAGGAGGGGGACAGCCACACAUGCCCCCAUGAGCUCCUUGGAGGGAAGGGAGGGAUAUAAACAUAUACCUCCUUGCAGCCAAGCAAGAUGCCAAACGUAUUGCUCCGCUUUCCUUUGGAUCCCAUAGCAUCAUAGAACUGUGAAAUAAUAAUAGAAUCAACUGAAUAAUUCUUAAAUUAUAACAAAACAACAAGAUGGAAGAAGUAAAAUAUUGAGAUCACACAUGGGUGAAGGGGAGUGGGGGGGUAUAUGGGAACCUAUACAGUGGUGCCCCGCAAGACGAAUGCCUCGCAAGACGGAAAACCCGCUAGACGAAAGGGUUUUCCGUUUUGGAGGUGCUUCGCAAAACGAAUUUCCUAUGUGCUUGCUUCGCAAGAUGAAAAUGUCUUGCGAGUUCCUGCGGGGUUUUUUUCCUUUCCCCCCCCCUUUUUCCCAAGCCGCUAAACCGCUUAUCAGCUGAUCAGCUAAGCCGCUUAACAGCUGAUCGCUAAGCCGCUUAUCAGCUGAUCUUUCAGCCGCUUAACAGCUGAUCGCUAAACCGCUUAUCAGUUGAUUCGCUAAGCCCGCUAAGCCGCUAAUACUGUAGCGCUAAUCCACUAAACCGCUAAUGGGCUUGCUUCGCAAGACGAAAAAACCCGCAAGACGAAGAGACUCGCGGAACGGAUUCUUUUCGUCUUGCGAGGCACCACUGUAAUAUCAUUUAUAAUAUAAAGGGAAGCCUAGAGCAAUUAGAUAUAUUUUAAUUUAGGUAAUCUAUGUAAAAGGCUUAUGUUAGAAAAUGAACAUGGAUUUUGAAUUUGAUGUUUGUAAUUAUUUUUUUAUUUGAAAAAAGAAAAAGAAAGGAUAAUAGAAUUGUAGAAGUGGAAGGGGCUCUAAGAGUCAUCUAGUCCCAAACUGGGUGUUACCCCCCCUUGGGUGGGCUGGCAUUAUCCGGGGGGGGGCGGUGUUAGUCAACUCAGGUGAAAUUGGGGGACGUUGAAUAAAAUAAGGGGGCAGUGGAAGCAUAAAGAAAGAAGAAAAUUUUAAAAAAAUGUUUGUACAUGUUCCAUCUGUUGUAUAAUGACGCUUACUGAUGUAACAUAGAGCCAAACAUUAAUAAAUGUUCACCCUACUCUUCAGGAUUAUUUUUAAUGUUAUUUAAUAAUUUUAUAAUUGUACAACACCACCUUUCUUUACUAUGUUGUAGGACACAGGUAGAGAUAUAAAUACAUAAAAGAGAACAAAGUUGUCUGUUCAGUCGCAGUAGAUUUCCGGGGGGGGGGGUGCUGAACAAUUAUUAUUUUUACUGAAAAGGGGGCGGUAGGCCAAAUCAUUUUGGGAACCUCUAAACUAGCCUCUAAUCACGUGGGUGUCGCUGUGGUCUAAACCACAGAGCCUAGAGCUUACCGAUCAGAAGGUCGGUGGUUCGAAUCCCCGCGACAGGGUGAGCUCCCGUUGCCCGGUCCCUGCUCCUGCCAACUUGGCAGUUCGAAAGCACGUCAAAGUGCAAGUAGAUAAAUAGGUACCGCUCCGGCGGGAAGGUAAACGGCAUUUCCGUGCGCUGCUCUGGUUCACCAGAAGUGGCUUAGUCAUGCUGGCCACAUGACCCAGAAGCUGUCUGUGGACAAACGCCAGCUCCCUCGGCCUGUAAAGCGAGAUGAACACUACAACUCCAGAAUCAUUUGAGACUGGACCUAACCGUCCAGGUGUCAUUUACCUUUACCUUUAAUCUAGCCCAACUCCCUGCAAAAGCAACUCAGGAAGCUGCAGUUACAAGUUGCCUGUCUCUGCAGCCACAGCAGGCGCUGUGAUUCUCCAGCCCCAGAGGUGCACUCUGCUGUUAUCUCAAGACAGAUGCCAGCAAUUUAUUUUUUUUAAAUUGCAAUAAAUAAACAAGGCCCAGGUUUGAAAAUGAGACUUCCCUCCCCAGAUGUGGAUUGCAGGACCUGAUAAUGAACGCAAGAGGGCCUCUGAGCACAGGAAGAGAGCCAUUAUAGCUGAGGAGUCAUCAUAACAAGUUCCCUAGUAUCUUUCACAAAAUGAGCACCUUGGCCUCCAGGCAGAACCAAAAUAAGUGUGUAAAAGAAGGUGUGUCGAAUUAACUUGAUUGCAAGUUAGCUUGAUUGCAAGUUAAGAAUUAACUUGAUUGCAAGUUAAUGGGCUACAGUCUCCCAUGGGCUAGACAAUACUGAGCUAGCUGGACCAGGGGCCUGGCUCUGUCUAUUUGUAUUUGAACCAGGCUUCUAUUCAGAACAAUGAGGACUGGAACCUUACUUUAAUUUUAGGGGAGGGGCUGUAGCUCAGUGAUAGAGCGCAGAAGGACCCGAAUAUUGCUCUAGCCUAGUCCUCACAGGGACAAUUUCAAGCCAGUGACUUCCCAGGGCUCACACGUCACAAAGAGCUCCAACCGCAGAAAACGAAGAGAAAGUGAGAAGAAUUUCUUUUUGGCCUGCAGGGAACUGGCUGGGUCCGGGUGUCCACCCUUUUGAUUUCCACUUCGUCUUGCCUCCCAGGAUCCCUUCCACCUUCACUAGCCGGGUCGGACGAAUCAGCUACUUCCUCCAAGGCGUCUGCGCAACGAGGGAGCUUAUUCUCCGGAAGCAGAAGAAGUACCUGCUGGUUCAAGGGAUCUCCGUCUUCAGGCAGGACGUUGUCAUAUCAGAGGUCAGUCUCUCAGAGCUGCGGGUUCAAAGCGAGUUGCAUUGCAGGAGAGCUGGACUACAUGAGCCCAUGGGGAUUCCUUCCAACGCAACAGUUCUAUGGGUCUACGACUGAAUCCUCCCUUCCCUUCUUCAGCUUGGCCAAUUUCCGUUUUUCCGCUAUCCACGGACACCACAAAUCUUCUAAAAUUUCGAAGUCCAUUAUUAUUAUUAUUAUAGUCGUACCUUGGUUUUCGAACAGCUUGCUUCUCAAACGUUUCGGCUCCCGAAUGCCGCAAACCCGGAAGUGAGUGUUCCUGUUUGCAAACUACCGUAUUUUUCCAUGUGUAAGACUAGGUCCCCCCCCCCAAAAAAUAGUAAAAAAAUUAGGGGGCGUCUUAUACAUGGGGCGCCAUCUCCCCCCAUUUUCUUAAAUAUGAGUCCCCCAAAAUAGGGGGCGUCUUAUACAUGGGGGUGUCCUAUAGACGGAGAAAUACGGUAUUUUUUUUGGAAGCUGAACAUCCGAAGGGGCUUCCUCAGCUUCUGAUUGAGUGCAGGAGCUUCCUGCAGCCAAUCAGAAGCCACGCUUUGGUUUACGAACAUUUUGGAAGUCAAAUGGACUUCCGGAACUGAUUCUGUUCGACUUCCAAGGUAUGACUGUAUUAUUAUUAUUACUACUACUACUACUACUACUACUACUACUACAGUGGCACCUUGGUUUAUGAACUUACCGGUAAUCCGUUCUGGAAGUCCGUUCUUAAACCAAAGCGUUCUUAAACCAAGGUGUGCUUCCACAUAGCAGCAGGGGACUCAGUUUACCAAUGGAACACACUCAACAGGAAGCAGAACAUGUUCUGCUUCCAAGGCAAGGUUCACAAACCAAAACACCUACUUCCAGGUUUGUAGCGUUCUUAAUCCAAGUUGUUCAUAAACUAAGCUGUUCUUAAACCAAGGUGCCACUGUAUUAUUGUUUCAUAUCCUACCUUUUCUCCACAGAAUUUAAGGUGGCAUGCACAGUUCUCCAGAUCCCCAUCAUUUUAUCUUCACAGCAACCUUGUAUAGUAGGUUAUACUGAAAGUGACCAGUGACCAGGCCAAAGUCACCCUAUGAGUGAAGACUCAACCCUGGUCUUUCCCAGGUCCUAGUGUGACACACUAACCACUGCAGAACACUGCUGAAGUUUUAAUGUUGUAUUUGAUAUGAAUAAGUUUCAUUUAUGCUCUGUAGUGGACCUACAUUUUGGGGGGAUAGCUCCAGAAGCGACUUUUGUCCACCUCGCUUUAGAAAAAAUGGGUCUAGUAGACCCAAUUUGAGUCACACGACUCAAAUGGAUUUUUGGUAUAUAUUUCAACAAUCUCAAAGAACCAUCGUGCAAGGUUUGGUUAAAACCAGCACAGUUUUGAAAGGUUCAGCCUGCCAUUUGAUUCAAAAGGGUGCCCAGGGAUAUCCCAACAUGAGCUAAAAUCUCAUUGAUCUCAGGAACCAUCAUGCAGAAUGUGGUUACGGUAUCUCAGGAGGUGCUCAAAAUGCGUAACAAACAUGAGAUAGAUCAGAUCACGCUUCCUUAACCUCGGCCCUCCAGAUGUUUUGAGACUACAAUUCCCAUCAUCCCUGACCGCUGGUCCUGCUAGCUAGGGAUCAUGGGAAUUGUAGGCCAAAAACAUCUGGAGGGCCGGGGUUGAGGAAGCCAGGGUUAGAUGGAUGAUGGGUGAUUUGGCCGCGGCCUGCUUCAGUGACAAGGAAAUUCUUCUGUUUCUUACAUUCACCCGGUGUUUGCAUCCCCUUUUCUCCCGCUGCCCGAUGGCUUUGAAGUUCCCCUUGGUGGUGGAAGUCGAGAAGGCCCUCCUGUACAACUGCUGCUUCAAGAGCUCCCCCAUCACCCUGCGCCUCUCCCUUGGCAAAAACAUCUACGGGCCAGGAGAUGACAUCACUUUCACGACGGAGAUCACCAACCGGACAGGGAAGUCCAUCAAGAAAGUGGUCUUCGCCCUGCACACCGUGGUCCUCUACAAGGCCUUCAACCUCCGGGCCGAGAAGCGCACUUUGGAGCAGCGGGAGGAGAUGAUGCGGCUGGAGUCUCACAUCGGGAAAGGGUCCCCCUGCGAGUCCACCAAGAUCAACAGCACCCUCUCCCUGCCCAAAGUCAUGUCCGUCAGCAGCUCAUGGAAGUCCGACGACAUCAUGGAUGUUGGGUACGAGUUGACGGCCACCGUCCACUUCCCUUGGUGCAUGAGCACCUUGGUGGCAAAGAUCCCCAUCAUUAUCCGGAAUGAAAUCGCAGAUCUUCAGGAAUAAUUCUAAGAGUGUUAGGGCGAAGGAUCAUGGCUCCAGCACUCCAGAGACUCCUUUUACCAAGAGAUGUUCAUAGUUUUUGGAACCACCCAGGUGAAUUAAAGUUUAUGUUUACGUUUUCAUGA